AUGCAUUCCCCUUCCCGCUUCCAGAUCAUCGCGGCCCGCUUCUCGCCUCACAAGCUUCGCACCUCGUUCCGCCGGUCCUCCUCUGCUUCCACCUCUUCCCGUGCCAGCAGUGACCGGAUGUCGUUCACAUCACAAGCCAGCUCCCCGGUCGAGACAAUCAACAGCAUUGUGCUCCGCCAGAAAUCGUUCGACCUGGACGGCGAUGAGAAGGAUCUGUCUGUCCUCGAGCCGAGACCGGCCGCCACGUUUUGCAGUCUUGAGGCACGCAUGUCGUCCUUUUAA